GGAUUUUUUAUGGCAAGUUAUGGUUCACUUUUAUUGCUUAAUGCUAUAAAGCUGCCUUCUAUUUUAUUUUUUUUCAUUUUGUUAGUGGGUUAUGAUUUGAGAAGAGGAAGUUUGAAUUUUGUGGCUUCUCGAUGUGGUUUUGAUAUAUGGUCUGAUUGGCUUCUGAGAAAUGAGAGGAAAGUGAAAGACAGGGAAAACAAGAGGAAAUGAAGCAGUUGUUGUCAAUGUUGUUUGUUGUUUUGUUUACUGUUGAAUUAUGUUCUUGACAUGAAAAGUUGGGUUUUGUUUGGUGGAAAGUUUAGUUUUUUCUUAACUUGGUUUUAGCUGCUACAGAGAAGAGUGAGCUAUGCCAUUUUUGGUCUGUUCUCGUCAACUUUUGAGCUUAAUUUUAAUAGAUGAACAAAUGUUUAAAAGGCAAUGGUGAAUGGUGUUGUUGUGUGGCAGUGGAUAUAGAUGAGGGAAUUGAUAUAGUAGAGAGCUCUGUUGGAAAAGAAAUGGUUGAGAAUGUUGGAAAAGAUACGGUUGUAGAACCACAUAAGGGCAUGGAGUUUGAGUCAGAAGAUGCUUCGAAGGUGUUCUAUGAUGAAUAUGCCCGGCAGAUAGGGUUUGUAAUGCGAGUAAUGUCUUGUCGUCAUUCUGAAAGAGAUGGGAGGAUUCUUGCCAGGCGACUUGGGUGUAAUAAGGAGGGUUAUUGCAUAAGCAUUCGAGGGAAAUCUGGAAAUGUUCGAAAUUCACGCAUGAGUGCUAGAGAAGGAUGCAAGGCAAUGGUUCAUUUUAAGUUUGAAAAGUCUGGAAAAUGGGUGGUAACGAAAUUUGUAAAGGACCAUAAUCAUCCACCAUAGUAGCUCCACGUGAAGCACGUCAAGCAAUGGUGAGUUUUCACUGUCAUUAAAUCAUGACUUGCUGCUUCCUUGCUUUACCAUCUAUAUACGUCUUUGACACGUGAUUCUGUAGCCUUAUUCUCUCUGCAAAUUAAAAUAAGCUCUUUAGGAAAAUAUUUAAAUCCUUGAAGAAAACUUUUGCCUUUUCUAUUCUUUAUUUGGCCCUCAUCACAUGCUAUUCAAGAAACCAGACUAAUGAAUGAACUGGGACGUAGUCAAUAUGAUCUUGGGAGGAAGAUUUCUCAUGCAUUGAGGAGUGCAAGGAUAAUUUCUGCAUAUCAGACGUGAUCUGGAUUGUGUUUUUAUCAUACUUUGUAGGAUGCAAAAGACAAGAACAUUCAAGAACUAACCGCUGAAUUGAGAAAUAAGAAGCGGUUAUGUGCUACAUACC